AUGGCCCGUCAACGCAAAGAAAAGUCCGCCAAGGACAUUAAACUCGAACAACCCGAUCGAUCCGGCCCUAAUAAAGAAACUCUUGUCGACUUCGCCAAAGGCCGCGACCUUUUCGAAGAAGCCGAUCGUCGACAACGCGAGCUCAAUGGCGAAGGACCUCUCUUGUCGCCUCGAACAGAACGUAUCUUCGAGACAUUAUUAUGGACUGGGAUCAUUGCCACGGUUCACUUCACGUUCGACGUACUUGUGCAGCGACAGUAUGCUAUGGACCUUGAAUGGCCUGUAAUCAUUCAAAGGACUUUUACAGCCUGGCUCUUGUUCAUCGUCCUGUUCUACGUACUACAUCCGCAUUACUCCCAAAAGAACUUCAUUCCGCUCCUUCCUAAAGAGUACCAAGAGACCGUCCGCCAAGUGAUAUUCUUCGUCAUGAGCACUUUGGCCGGUCCAUACCUCAUUCACAUCAGCAACAACUACGGAUAUAUCGCUAUUAUGAAGCGGGCUCCUCCUUACAUGGGCUUCCUGCGUACAACUGUCUCCUCCGAAUCGGAUGUUGUGGUGGAAUCUCCAACAUCAAUCGCUUCAGUCGACCCUAUGCUCUUGACUUCCGCAGUUACCAACGUUCCAGCUCGCGAAAACCCGGAAUGA